AUGACGCUGAGUAUCCUCGCUGAUUGGAUGCCUUUGGCCCCACUCACGGACGAGGAAAUAUAUGGCACAGGAGUCAGUAUCAAAGAAGAACUCAGCGAAGAUAUUUCCGAGGAUACUUGUAUUGAAAUUAAAGAAGAACCGUUUGAUUAUGCAGAUAAAGAGAGAGAUGAGGUGAACGACGAGAAAGUGAAACAUAAAUGUCUCUACUUCCAUAAUUUCGAUGAACUAAAACAUAAAUCUAAUGCAAAGAACACGUGUAAGUUGGUUCAGGAUCGUAAUGGCAUGUUGUUGAGAACGCCAUUUGUGGCUGAGAAUUCUCUGAAUUUUUUUUUAUCAGAUGGGGAUCAAGCGAUGCAUAAUGAAAGUCUUAAGCAUGAUACACAACCAAAAGUGGAAGCUACAUUGAAAAGUUUUGCAUGUGAAGUAUAUGGCAAAAAAUUAUCUCAAAAGAGAAAUCACUCUAAUAAGGGAAGUCACACAAAGAAGAAGCAAUACAGCUGUGAGAUUUGUAGAAAGGCCUUCUCUCAGAAAGGUACUGUAGCAAACCACAUGAGAGUACAUACAAAGGAGAAGCCGUUCAGCUGUGAAAUUUGCAACAAGGCCUUCUCUGUGAAACAUACUCUAGUAAAGCACACGAGAGUACAUACAAAGGAAAAGCCAUUCAGUUGUGAGAUUUGUAACAAGGCCUUCUCUCAGAAAGGUAAUCUAGUAAAGCACAUGAGAGUUCAUACAAAGAAGAGGCCAUUAAGCUGUGAGAUUUGCAGCAAGGUCUUCUCUCAGAAACGUCAUCUAGUAAAGCACAUGAGAGUACAUACAAUGGGAAAGCCAUUCAGUUGUGAGAUUUGCAGUAAGGCCUUCUCUGCCAAUUGUAAUCUAGUAAGGCACAUGAGAGUACAUACAAAGGAGAAGCCAUUCAGCUGUGAGAUUUGCAGCAAGGCCUUCUUUGAGAAAGGUCAUCUAGUAGAGCACAUGAGAGUACAUACAAAGGAGAAGCCAUUCAGUUGUGAGAUUUGCAGCAAGGCCUUCUCUCAGAAAGGUACUCUAGUAAAGCACAUGAGAGUACAUACAAAGGAGAAGCUAUUCACUUGUGAGAUAUGUAGGAAGGCCUUCUCUGAGAAAGGUAAUCUAGUAAAGCACUUGAGAGUACAUACAAAGGAGAAGCCAUACAGCUGUGAGAUUUGCAGCAAGACCUUCUCUGUGAAAGGCCAUCUAACAAGGCACAUGAGAGUACAUACAAAGGAGAAUCCACUCAGCUAG